GAUAUGCGCUCAGCGAGUGAGCGAACUGGGGAAAGAGAGAAAUGGGCGGAGCGGAGGCGCUGGGGGCGUACCGGGCGCUGCUGCGGGCGACACGGAAGACGUUCGCCGGCGACACGCUGAUGCUGUCGGAGUCGGCUGCGGAGAUUCGGCGGAGGUUCGAGGAGAACCGUGGCGUGACGGCGGAGGCCGAGGUCAAGCGACUCCUCGACGAGGCGCGUCAGGCCUCCCACUUCAUCACCCACAUGAUCGUCCAAGCCAAGCGCAGCUCCACUACUGGAGGUUACGUUGUGAGGCCUAGUAAAGAGCAUGCUGGAGCAACACUAGAGAUUCCUUCUGAAGAGAUUCUCUCUAAGUCGACGUGAACAAAAUUGAGCUAAUUAGAAUGUCAAAUGUAACAGCCAUCAAUAUUGCAGGUUAAGUAUCAGAUCGGUUGAUAUAUUGAAUAUGUGUUUCAUCUGAGGAAAGUAGCAGGAAUAUUUUAUUCUUCUACUUGAGCUUACACUUCAACUGUUUAUCUAGCAGAACCAACAAAAAGCAGAAGAAAAUAUAAGUUGCUAUUGGGACUAGUUGUUCAUUUGUAAGUUGUAAAGUUCAGGGUGGAAAACUCAUAGGCUGGUUGAUCUAUAUUUUCCGAAGAGGUUCUGCAGGAACCUAAUUGACUGUAUUUUUUUUCAAAAAUUGAGUCUUCGCUCUUUCUAUCUGAAGAUUAUGUAGAAAUUAGCUUAUCUGAUAUUGUUGCAUUUACUUGUGCAAUGAGAUGAGCAGAUCAUCAUAAUAUACUGCAUGCGUCUCACUGUAAAUGGAUUUGCAUAUUGCUCUGUUCUUCAAUGCAGUACAUAUUGCUCUGU